AUGUCUGGGAACGCACAGUUUGCAAAUCCUCCCCCUUCAAUAAAUCUUCCUAAUAUGUCUGUCCCUCCUCCAACUGCGACUCCAAAUUUAUCAGCCCCACCGCCAAACCUUACUACAAUUAAUACCUCUGGAGGGUACCAACAUCGGUAUGCUAAUCACAGGGAUGGGAAUCGUGGGUUUUUUAAACCAUUUAGACCAUAUCAUGCUCCAAAAGUUGUGGCUGGUGGUCAAGAUUCAUUACAAGAUGAAUUUGAUGGCAAGAGGCUGAGGAAAUCUGUAAUGCGCAAAACUGUUGAUUACAAUGCAGCUAUUAUUAAAAGCUUGGAGAAUCGAGUAUGGCAGCGUGACUACAGAGACCGGCGUGCUCUCCAACCUGAUGUAAUAUAUUACCCUGACCUGCUUCCACCACCAAGUUAUGUUGAUAAUCCAAUAAAUGCAGUGACAACCAGAUUUGUGAAAACGGCCACAAAUAAGAUGCGGUGCCCAAUUUUCUGCAUGGCCUGGACACCCGAGGGUAGGCGUCUCGUUACUGGAGCAUCUAGCGGAGAGUUUACACUCUGGAAUGGGCUUACCUUUAAUUUCGAGACGAUUCUACAGGCUCACGACAGCCCGGUCAGGACGAUGGUAUGGUCCCAUAAUGAAAGCUGGAUGGUGACAGGAGACCACGCGGGCUACGUCAAGUACUGGCAGAGCAACAUGAACAACGUCAAGAUGUUUCAGGCGCACAAAGAAGCGAUUAGAGGACUCAGUUUCAGCCCAACGGAUCACAAGCUGGCCACCUGCAGCGACGAUGGCACCGUCAGAAUCUGGGACUUCCUACGAUGCCACGAGGAACGAAUUCUCAGGGGUCAUGGUGCGGAUGUGAAGUGCGUCCAUUGGCAUCCGCAGAAGAGUCUAGUCAUCUCUGGGAGCAAAGACAAUCAGCAGCCGGUGAAACUUUGGGAUCCUAAAACUGGUCAGUCGUUGGCGACGUUGCACGCUCACAAGUCUACGGUAAUGGAUGUCAAAUGGAACGAGAAUGGUAACUGGCUCGUGACAGCUUCGCGCGACCACUUGCUCAAAUUGUUCGACCUCAGGAAUCUGAGCCAGGAGGUACAAACGUUUCGUGGACAUAAGAAGGAAGCUUCCAGUGUUGCUUGGCAUCCGAGUCAUGAGGGUCUCUUCUGUAGUGGUGGUAGCGACGGGGCCAUUCUUUUUUGGCACGUUGGCGCGGAUAAGGAGGUUGGCGCUAUAGAACAAGCGCAUGACAGUAUAGUUUGGACUCUUGCGUGGCAUCCAUUGGGGCAUAUAUUAUGUUCUGGAAGCAAUGAUCAUACAUCAAAGUUUUGGACAAGAAAUCGGCCAGGAGAUUUAAUGAGAGACAAAUAUAAUCUAAAUACUCUUCCAGCUGGUUCUGCUGGCAUUGAUGACCAUGAGAUCGCUGACGAAGCCGCAGUCAUUCCUGGUAUGGGUCCUGAGGAUAGAAUCAGUGUUGAAGGCGAACCAGAAGAUAAAAAUAGUGGAAUCCCAGGCUUGGAUUUGGAUCAUACAGCAGAUGAAGGGAAAAAGUUUGCUAAUAAAAAGGUCCCGUACAGUAAACCAAUCCCUAGAAACUUCCAAGCGCAAUGGAACGAAAUGGAAGCUGAGGAUAUUGAACAGGUUGAAGCACUUAAUGCUUUUGUUAAUCAACUUAUCGAAACCACACCAGGGGCUGUACCUUUGAAUGAAGUCGCUCCAAAUGCUAUAAUUUUAUAUGGAAAAAUGAUUCCGGUUGAACCUGGCUCCAAAUUGGCUGAGGCAAUUGGAAAAGGAAACGAUGCGAUAAACAAGUUAGUAUUUUCUGGAGAAAUAGAGGAACUACGUGACGUGGUAGGUCCAUCAGAAGAUGUCGACGAGGCUGAUGAAUUUUUACACGACGACGGAGAUAUUGAUUAUACGAAAGUACCAGACAUUGAUCUUCCUCCUCCAUUGCCUAGUUCGAAAUUUGCACAGAAUCCGGAAUUACUGAAGACAUUGAAUCGUGGUGGAAAACGUAAAUUCGAUCAACUCAUUGGAUGGAGCGAUGGGGGAGCCAGUGAUAGAACUUCUAAAAUACAUCAACCUGUAUUCGGUGGUUCUAUUACAGAGGAUUCACAAUCCAGCGAUACGGACUUGAGGUUCAACGUGGGAAAUUCUUUAAAAUCGAACGCCCUGAGCGGAGACGGUUUCCAUUCCUCUCAGGACGAGGAUCUUAGAAGAAUGGCGGCAGGUGACAUGAGAGGGAUGAAUCGAAAUGACGAAGACUUGCGAUUUGGAGGUCCCGGAAGGCUGUCAGGAAAUUCGGAUCAUGAUAUGAGAAAUAGUUAUGGCGAUAAGGACUUCAGGCAAAUGUCACACGGUUUUGGAAUGAAAAAACCAUCUUCGGAUGGGGAUCCUUAUGGAGAGCGCGAUGGUAGAUCUCGUUGGGACGAUGAGAAAAACCGUCCUGAUGGUUCAAGAAAGUCUGAUUUUCCUGGCAGCAAUUUUGACAAGCGUGACGGUAUGCCUAUGGGCAUGUCAAGCAUGGGUAAUAACACGCCACACAUGGGGAAUAACAUGCCGCACAUGGGCAACAUGCCAAAUCAUCAUAACAUGCAAAACAUCAAUCCCAAUAUGCCACCACCUAUACCAAGUAUGGUUCCUCAUCCAAACAUGACCCAGCAUCCAAAUAUGCAGAAUAAAAACAAUCCGAACAUGCCUCCGCAUCCUAAUAUGCAGAACAUGGACGGUUCCAUGCAACAUAUGAUGCAUCAUCCUAACAUGCCUCCAAGUUUCGGGCCAAAUGGACCACCUCCUGGUAAUUUUGGACCAAACUUCCGGCCACCCAACGGUAACUUUGGACCUAAUCAACACUUCCGGCCAAAUCCUAUGGUACCAUUUGCCCCUAAUGCAGGGCCCUUUAAUAAUAAUUUCCAAGGGCCGCCUAAUUUCCGUGGCCCAAACCCUGGAAAUUCGUCAAAUUUCGACAGGACAGGAUUCGGAUCGAACUUCAGAGGACCCAAUCCCGGGAAUCAAUCCCAAUCGUCUGGUGGACCCAACAACUAUAACUCUGGUUUUGGAAACUUCGGCGGCGGCGGUAGUGGAGGUGGCGGUGGUAAAAAUAGCCACAACAGAGGAAUGAAUCGUGGGUCUAAUGAUAACAUGGGAAGAAAUAAUUACAAUAGAGGUAGAGGUCGCGAUAACGAUCAAUCCCGCGGAAGUGGUUCUAGAAGCAGAGACAAUUAUUGAAGUAAUGUCGAGCAUUACUCGAUGACUGUGUAAUUAGUACGACUUACGGCGCGUCGUCAAUAACUAUGUGAAGAAGAACUUCUUUCUUCCAUGGAACUAUAAUAAUAUUAAUACUAUUAUUGCUACUCCUACUACAUCUCGAAUGGUACACGGUAUUCGAUGAGAUCGUGAAUUUCUUGGGAAGAUGCAGCGUUUUACGUCGAAGGCCUUAAAAUACAAACGCUUAUUGUCAUUCUCAUAAUUUGAAAUUUCACGACAUGGCACCUCGACUGUUAUGAAAACGAUACCGUACAGGAGUCAAAGAGCCUCGGAUUGUCUCGGAUAUGUGUAUAGCAAAGUGUAUGACGGCUUUUGUUGUUUCUAUGCCAUUUUUGUUGCAUGAAACUACAGUAGCAUUCUUGGGGACAAUGUAACAUCAAUGGAUUCCUCAUAGUAUUCACUUUACUAUCCUCCCUAAUUACACAUUGUAAUAUAUAUUAUACAAUUAAGACCAUCGAUUAUUAUUCUGAGACAAAACUGUUCACAAGCUGCCUUGCGACGGAUGGUUGUUUCAUUAGUAUCCUAAGGAGGGCGCUAAGAGAGAAUGAGAAUGCGUGAGAGACGGAGAGAGUGAGAAUUUAAUGAUAGAUAUUGAUUGAUUCAUAGCGUGAACGAACUGGAUACACGGAUCAUUGGAAAUGAACAAGCUUCGUACUUGUCGUAAAAAAACGUUUCAACCGCAGCAGUUUACUUAUUCAUUAACAAUAAAAUUAAAUGAUACAGAGAGA